GGAAACGUUAGCUUUUAUUAAAGGAUUUCGUAUUUGUCCACUUUGUAAACAUUCUUUUGUUUUAUUUUCGGCAACGAUCGUAAAGUUCUGUCAGUGAAGAGAGUUUGAUAAAAUCAUUAUGAUUUGCAUGCAUCUAUAAUUUAGCGAAAAUUUAUUGUAGUUUUAGCAUCCCAGCCUUUUCAUGUUAAGUAAGUGUUUGAUGAAUUUAUCAUAGGGAGUCUUCUAAUUUUGACCUUUCAUAGCUGGAAAUAUGACAUUGAUUUUCGGUAAUUAAAAUUAUGUCUUUUCGAAAACCGACGGGACAAAAGGACGGCUUAAAUCAUGCCGUUUCCAUUCAAGAUCGAUUUCAACAAAUGACGGCUCAGGAAAGACUAAUACAACAGAAAAAACAGGAAAUUGAAAAUAAAAAGAUGCUUAAAGAUCAAGAAGAUGCUAUGAAGUUAAUUGAAGAGAAAUCAAAAACUGAAAAAAAACAGGAAUCUACUAAACCGAUAAAUCUUCCAACUGGAAGUAAUAUGUUUCAAAAUGAUGGAAGCUUUAUAGAAAAAUUUAAACGAUUACAAGAAAUGAAAGCAAGUCCACAAGAAGUCAACGCAAAUACUAAUCAGCAAUUUUCUUCGGUUCAAACAACAAAUCAGUGUACAGAAUUGCAACCACAUCUGCAGGAACCUCCAUUGCUACAAAACUUUGAAGGUUCUCAAAUUGUACAAGAUUUGAUGUCACCUCAACAGUGUAUAAUUGGUCAACAGCAGGCUCCUUCGUCAAAUAAUUUUCCAUUUAAUCCUUCAUUAUCCCAAAAUGCAAACCAAUAUGCAUCAAUAGCUCAUCAAUUUCCUGUUCAGCAGCAAAUUCAACAAAAUUUCCCUCCACCAGUCAACUUACCAAUUCCAAUAAGUAAUAAUACAAUGCCGCUGCAGUUCAAUAUGAGUCAAUCUUCGCAAGCGGUUCCACCCCCUGUUAUACUUCCACCCUCUGUUCUGCCAAUAACAACCUGCUCCUCAGCAAUUAGUGGAAUUAUGCCUACUGAUGAAGAUGAAUAUGACCCAAUGAAUCCUACUGAUGAUUUAGACCAAGAAGAAAAAGAUAUAGAAAAUCAUAAUAUCCUGUCUGACUCUAAACCUAUUUUAAAGAUCAGUCUAGCCAGAGCUCAAAAGCGCACCAUAGAAACCGCCGAUGAAGAUACGAGUCAAGAAAUCACUCCGGAAGAUAAGUCGAUCGAUGAAUCAAGCGCUUCUAAACGUAAGAGAAAAAAAUCUAGAUGGGCCACGUCGGAAGAUAAUUCAUCAACAUCAGAAGUUAUUCAAACAUCUCCUCCUAUAAUACCUCCUGAUAUCCCCACUUUAGCAAUUCCUGGUCCUAUAGGAGUUGUAACGCCCGUACUAGGAGGAUGCGCCACAGCGCUUGUUACUCAACCAACGCCAAUCCCAGGAACUAUCAACAUUACACCGGAAUCUGCAAUGAACGCCCAAUAUGCUCGCCAAGUCACAGGCGCUGAUCAUUUAACUCUAGAGCAGAAAAAGCAAAUUCAGGAGCAACAAAAGAUGAAUGCCGUCGCUGAGUACUUUUUGGCGAAAAGAAAGGCCAUGGAAGCUCAGGCUAAGGCAUUGGAAAUUGGCUUGAAAAUUAAACCAAAAUAUGAAUACGAUUCCGACGAAGAUACAGACGGUGGAACAUGGGAACAUAAAAGAAGAAUGAACGAAAUGCAAGCAACAGCUGAAUGGGCUGAGAAAUUAUCAAUGAUGGGAGAAGGAAAGCACCAUAUUGGAGACUUCUUACCGCCAGAAGAGUUAAAUAAGUUUAUGGAUACGUUUCAAUCGUUAAAAGAUGGGAAACAGCCCGAAUUGUCAGAUUAUAAAGAAUUUAAAUUAAAAUGCGAUAAUAUAGGAUAUAAAAUGCUUCAAAAAAUGGGUUGGCAAGAUGGAGAAGGGUUGGGAAGCAGCUCUCAAGGCACCGUGGAACCUGUGAAUAAAGGCAAACAACCUGCCUAUGGCGGAGGUUUAGGAUUAACUACAGAUAUGCCAGGAGGUCUUUCAAAGGAUGACGACGAAUUUGAAGCGUAUCGAAAACGAAUGAUGUUGGCUUAUAGGUUUAGGCCAAAUCCUUUGAACAAUCCAAGACGCCCCUACUAUUGA